UGGGUGAGCAAACGAACAGGGCCUAAGAAUCACCACUCACAUUAGGCUGUCAGCCUGUAACACAAUAUUCGUUGGAGGUAAGUUUUUAGCCUCACGAUAUUCUUUGAAGGUGACACAAUAAUGGGGAAUGUAAAUAACGUGGAUUGCCUUAUUCCUUCAAUUCCACACCAAAAAAUUAACAUUUGCCUUGAAUGAAAUAAAAUAACCAUUCCAUAAAUUUCAAAAAAAGUAAACAAAAUUCAAAGGAAACUAUUGCACUAAAAUUUUGAUAAGUAAUGAAUGUAAUAGUUAUAUUAUAUUUUUCUUCAUAUUACAUUUAUCCUAUUCCAUUUCUUUUUAUCCCACUAAUAAUUCCCUUACAGGUUUACCAUUUACCAUUUUUUAAAAAGGUAACAAGAAAAUUAAUAUAUCUAUUUCCAUAUUUGAUAAGAAACGUACCCAGUAUCUCAUACUCAGCAAGGAAAUAAUUAACAAUAUUCAGUAUUGAAUGCACAAAUAUGGUAUCAAACGUCUUCCUCAAUUUGAUAUUAAUAGUUAAUGCCCGGACUUGUUGACAAAAUUAAAAAAAAGUUAAUGUCCGGACUCAACAUUCUGCAAUCUUGCCAAAAUCUAUGCUAAUUACCAUAUUUUAUUCCCUAAAACGAUCACAUUAACGUUUCAUAUUCUUCUAUAAAUAAUCAUUCUUCAUUCCGAGUAUAAUUGUAAAAUAAGUCGAAGAAAACAUACAAACACUUAAACAUGAAUCGAUCAAUGUCUUUGGUUAUGUUACUGGCGAUUCUUGUCUCUGUGGCUGACGCUGCGUGGGAAGACGCUCACGCUACGUUUUACGGCGACAUUAGCGGCAAAGAAACCAUGCAAGGAGCAUGUGGUUAUGGAGAUCUAUUCCAAGAAGGUUAUGGGUUAGAAACGGCGGCGCUAAGCACGGCGCUCUUCAACAACGGCCAAACAUGCGGUGCUUGUUUCGAGCUAACGUGUGUAAAUUCACAAUGGUGUAAACAAAACGCCGGUACAAUCAGAAUCACAGCAACCAACUUCUGCCCACCCAACUACACCCCACCGGUUGAUAUCCACUGGUGCAACCCUCCUAACAAGCACUUCGAUCUAUCCAUGAAGAUGUUCACUUCCAUCGCCGAGUACAAAAGUGGGAUCGUUCCUGUGAAGUUCAGGAGAGUGAAGUGUCAGAAGAGAGGUGGUGUGAGGUUUGAGGUCAAGGGAAACCCUAAUUUCAUUAUGGUUUUGGUGUAUAACGUUGGAGGAGCUGGAGAUGUUAACAGCCUGGCUAUUAAGGGGCAUAAGAGUAACUGGAUCUCUAUGCAGAGGAACUGGGGGCAGAAUUGGAACACUGGUGUGGGUUUAGUCGGACAAAGACUCUCGUUUACAGUGAAGACCAGUGAUGGUAGGAGCUUGACGUUCUAUGAUGUUGCGUCGGAGUCUUGGGGGUUCGGUCAAACUUUUGAAGCGAAAUCAAACUUUUAUUAGAUUACCUUAACUUUCUUUUUCAGAUUAUGUUAGUUUCUUGAGUUUUUGUUAGAAGCUACUAUUUCAUAGUACUACUAUAAUAAAAUCAUUAGUUUCAUAAGAUAUUGUUUUUAUUGAUGAAUGAAUUAUUGUCCUAGCAAUGAAACAUAUUACGGGGGGUUUAUUGGAGUUGGGGUUUGAGAAGGUUUUGAGGAUUUUAAAAUGUAGUGGAAUUUUGAGAGUUUUGUUGAAUUCCAGAAUUUUGAUAGAGAUUUAAAAGGGGAAUUUGGUAGGAUUUGGUAAGAUCUUUUUUAAAUAUUUUAAUAAUAAUUUUCACUAUUAAACUACAAAAAUACGUAAUCGGUUGUUAGGUUUAUAUUAAAUACAUAUAUAAUAGGGAUAUACCAAUAAAACUACUUAUAUGAUAUAGAUAUAUGUUCCAAGCUAUUAAUUCUUCUAAACAAGUGAAUAGACUUGAAGAAAUCCCGACGUCACUAACAUAGUUGUUGUUGUGGCUUUGACUUCGGGAAUUUUUUGUUUGUUUCAGUAACCAAAUAGAGAGAUCUUAAACAUAGAGAUAUUGUAGUGAGUUGAAAAAUAAUGUGAAAGAGU